CAGAAAUCUGUGGAGGCGACUCUUUCACAUCGCCGUGUAUUUAUUUCAAUAUAUAGAUCAAUGUUACAUUGUUACUUUACCUCAAAUGUCCACAAUAACAGAUGCAUGAUUAAGGAUGUGUUGUGCAUGUGAUACACUGAACAGAAGAAGCUUUCAUUAAACACUGAGUUUUCUACAGACAACAGCACCACAGAAACAACUGAAGUAUAAUUAUAUCUUAUCAUAAGCAAUUUAAAGAAAUAUGUGUAAUUGAAAGACAUUUCAAAAUGGGUUUUUAGUUUGACUUUUAAGACAUUAGCUGCUAAGAAAAAAAAUUACUUUGUAUCAAACAAAAUACGAAGAACGUCAAAAUCCUUAGUUCACCAUCCUGCAGCUUCUGUAAACCUGCUUUACUUCGUGGUGAGUAUAAACACAGUCACUAACACACUCAUGUUCCUUGAAGGGUCCUGUAACUGGGAUGAGUUGCUGGUUUCUGCUGUUCUGGUUUUCUCUUGCUGAACAAAAAAGAAACAGAUGAACGCAGGUUGUUACAUGAAGUAGGCGGAGCUGCACAGAGGAAGAGAUGCUACAGAGACAGAGGAAACCGCAGAGCUGAAACUAACAGCCAAGAAAGGGAGUGAAACGGAACCGAGUCGAACUGAGCUUUAUCAGGACCUCGCUGUCAGAGGGAAGACUGCCCACAUCUGUCCAGGGUUCGGCCCACGGUUCGGGAGAUGGAGAAAAAAGACGGAGCAAAACCGAUCCACAGCCCCUGGGGUUCCCCGACCUCCAGCCUGUCCGGUUCUGAUGCUGCGGACAGUUCUGCAGGUUCUCAUGUGGAGUGGUGUAAGCAGCUAAUCGCAGCCACUUUAACCAGUCAGAUCUCAAGAACAGUCCAACCAGAUGUUCUGACCAGGGAUUCCAAGAUAUCCAAAAGGCUGAGCUCCUGGAAAUCAGAUGAUGAGGAACUUUAUUUCCAUGAAGAAUAUGAUUUAAACUUUCCUUCCUCUGCAUUGAACCGUCCAACUCUGGGAUUUGGUGCGCCAGUCAAGCUUUCACCUAACCAAGUGCCUCUUCUGCCAGGAGAAACUGUUCAGAUUACAGUUAAAGACGUUAUGUAUAUCUGUCCAUUCAGUGGUCUGAUUACUGGUACUCUGACGGUCACAGACUACAAGCUUUACUUUACCAGUUUGAUAAAGGAAUCUUCCUUUAUUCUUGACAUCAACUUUGGAGCUAUCAGCAGACUGGAGACCAUUAGUGUCCCCAACCAAGGAGAUAACACUAAGGGAAUUGAAAUGGUUUGUAAGGACAUAAGGAGUGCCAGGUUUGCCUAUAAAACAGAUGAGAGCCAACCAGAGAUGGGCGAGAUGUUAUCCAAACAUGCUUUCCCUCUCUCCUACAGCUUGCCUUUAUUUGCCUUCAAGUAUAAUGAGCAGUUUCCUGUGGACGGCUGGAAGGUCUACGAUCCAGCAGCAGAGUACAAUCGACAGGGUCUUCCAAAUGAGAGCUGGAGCAUCAGUAAAAUGAACCUUCACUAUGAGCUGUGUGACACUUACCCCUCCAUCCUGGUACUCCCCAACAACAUGACAGAGGAUAACAUAACGCAGGUGGCGUCGUUCAGAGCCAAGUGCCGCCUACCGGUCUUGUCCUGGAUCCACCCAGAGUCUCAGGCAACAAUAGUGCGCUGCAGCCAGCCGUUAGUAGGACCUCUGGAUCGCCGCUGUAAAGAGGACGAACGGUACCUCCAAAUCAUUAUGGAUGCCAAUGCACAGUCCCACAAGCUCACCAUCUUUGAUGCUCGACAGAGCAGUGUUGCCCUCUCGAACAAGGCAAAAGAGGGAGGAUAUGAAAGUGAAAGUUUCUAUUCCAACAUUGAGCUUAUUUUUCUGGAAAUUCCUAACAUCCAUGUGAUCCGGGAGUCUCUGAGGAAGUUAAGGGAUGUGAUAUAUCCUACUAUUGAUGACGCCCACUGGCAUUCUGCCAUUGACCAGACUCACUGGCUGGACAAUAUACGACUGUUAUUAUCAGGAGCAGCAAAGAUAGCUGAUAAGCUGGAAUCUGGAAAAACAUCAGUAGUGGUUCACUGCAAUGAUGGCUGGGACAGAACCACCCAGCUCACUUCCCUCUCCAUGCUGAUGCUUGACAGCUACUACCGGACACUCCGAGGAUUUCAGGUUCUGCUGGAAAAGGAGUGGAUUAGCUUCGGACACAAGUUUGCUUCUCGUGUUGGACAUGGUGAUGAAAGCCAUGCUAACUCAGAACGCUCCCCUCUGUUUGUCCAGUUUAUUGACUGUGUUUGGCAGAUGACCCGACAGUUCCCUGCUGCCUUUGAAUUUAAUGAGUUGUUCCUCGUCACCGUCCUGGACCACCUAUACAGCUGCCUCUUUGGCACGUUCCUCUGUAACAGCGAGCAGGAGAGGGUAGCCAAGGAGGUUCAAACCAAGACAGUGUCCCUGUGGUCCUACAUCAACAGCCAACCCAACGAUUUCACCAACGCCUUCUAUGUGGACUAUGAGAACCAUGUCCUCUAUCCAUUGCUUUCGUCCAGACACCUCGAGCUGUGGACCAGCUACUACGCCCGCUGGAACCCAUGCAUGAGACCCCAGGUGCCAGUUCAUCAGACUCUGAAGGACCUACUGUUCCUUAGAGCAGAGCUCCAGAGAAGGGUGGACGAGCUGAACACACAGAUGCCCUCUUGCUACCCAUCUUCCUCAUCUGAACACCCAGUCCCCCACACACGCCCCACAGGAACCCCUCUUCACUCUGCUUUUUAACAUGUGUCCCAUCCCCAGUUUUAACCCAGUAAAAUAAAUACUGACAAUAAACCGGUGCAAAUAAGUGUUUUGUUCUGCAUAUAAUAUUUGCUUUUUAUGUAAAGUCAAAUAUCAGUAAGGUUUUUUUUUCAUCUUAAGAAAUGUUUCUUGUAAAGUAUUGAAAACUAUGUUUAAUAAGCCAAACUGUACUUUUUCAUAGUUGAUAGAUUCUACAACUUCUGGUUGUACAAUCAGUUUCAAACUUCAUCCUCAGCUUACUGAAGGCUUCAGUAAAUAUAUGUGGGUCAAUAUCACAAUAAGGUGCCUUUGACACUUCCCCAUUCCUCCCAAAAAAAGGAGAGAUUUUUAAUUGAAAAUCAUAUUCAUUGUAUGAAGAAGAUGUUAUGCUGUUGGAAAUUGUUGGAAGAUUUGUACAUGAAUUAUCAUUACUUAGUUUUAAAAUAUUCUUUAUCUUUAUGAUUUGCCAUUAAAAGACAAUUUCAUUUAUUUAGUUUAGUGAACUUUGAUAGAAGUGGUUUGAAUACUUUUCACAUAUGUUUUUUGAUCUUUACUUUUAUGAACUAUUAACAGAAUUGUCAUCUUGUCUUAAGAGUUGCAUUUGGGUGGUUGCUAUGCAGAUUGAGCAGGAACUUGUGUGUGCGGAGGAGUUUGGGAAGCAGGCUGUUCGCACCCCAGCUAAUCUUGGUAUCCUUGGAUGCCAGAUGUGGACGUGUGCUGUAUCAGUAUCUGGCCAGAACCAGUUUUAUUCAGUAGGACUUGUAUUUGUGAAACUGUGUGUAGCCACACCCAUGAUGCCGUAACAUGAGUGUUUUUUUCCUUAAUAAAAGGCUGUGACAC